AUGCAGCUGUGUAAUUUCUACAAUGGACCUCUGCCGAUAAACACGUACAUAGUAGGAUAUAUUACUCCGCCAUGUGUCUUCCCACUAGGACAAGAUGCAGUCAUCAACAUCAAGUUCCGAGCACGUCAGGACUCUCACGCUAUGCAGAGGGUGACAACUUUGGCAACAGAAUUUGUCGUCAUUCUAAUCCCUUACACUCUCGAGGAGUGUGCACAGACAUGCAACUACCUCGCUAACAGUAUCUGCCCUCUAGAAGAAGGCGAGGUGGUGCUGUACUCCCUCAAUAUGUUCCUGCGGGAUUUAGCCUGCCAUUCGAGUUUAGGAUCGUGGAUGAUAACAACAAUACCCUGGUGUUUCUCCGUGUACCAAUCACAACCGCGGCUCCUUUGUCGUCCGACAUGCUUGCUGGGCCGGCUUCUGGAGUCUAGAGCUGAUAUACCAAUGUAUUGUUUUAAUAUAAUGUAA